AUGAAUUUUCAAGUUAUUGUGUCUUCCCACUAUAGUGUGGAAUUAGAAGGACUCAUAGGAUUGUCACCAUCAAGACCUGUUAUAGACACCACCACCAUGAAGACAUCAACAUCCCUGGCUCUCCUUGCCCUUGAAGCUCCUACCUGGGCUAUCUUUGCCUCUGGUUUCUUAUACUUCACUUCCCUCCACAAUCUCUACAAUCCAUCCACACUGGCCUAUUUGAUGUUGUACAGAUAUGACCCUUGGGGGCAGGUUGAUUGCUCCAUGUAUCCCAGCACCAGCAAGAGUGUAAUAUGCUCUGAUGACUUCAAACCAAUCUGUGGUACUGAUAAGAAAACUUAUGUGAAUGAAUGUUCACUCUGUGCUGCUAAUGCAGAAAAAGGGUUGAAUAUCAAGAAGCUGCAUAAUGGGGAAUGUAUUGAGUGCCCAAGACAAGAACAGACUGCUUGUACCAUGGAAUAUAUGCCCCACUGUGGCUCUGAUGGUCGUACUUAUGCAAACAAAUGUGCCUUCUGCAAUGCUGUUGUGUGA